AUGGGCAAGUAUUGCAUCGAUCGGAUGCUCUCGGACGCCUCGUACGGCGAAGUCCUGCUAGGCCACGACGUGUCAACGGACGAGCUCGUUGCGAUCAAGAAGAUGGACCCAGCCACGGCGGUCCACGGGUGCAAAUGUCCGCGAGUGCGUGAGGAUAUCGAGGUCGAGAAGCACGUGAACCGCCUCUUCCGCAGCCACGGCGGCCACCCUAACAUCCUUCCAUUGCGGCAGGAUUUUGUCCAAAACGGCGCCGACCACCUCGUCUUUGACUUUUGCCCAAAAGGCGACUUGUUCACCGCCAUGGAUCAUGGCGCGCUCCCGAACGACGUCGCGCAGCGUUACUUUAGUCAAAUUGCACAUGGCAUUGCGUUCAUGCACGCGAAUGGCGUCGCCCAUCGCGAUGUAUCGCUUGAGAACGUCCUCAUCGACGACAGCGACACGUGCCGGGUGUGCGACUUUGGCCUGGCUGCGUCGACAAAGGCGCGGGACAGCUGUACGACCCCGCUAUCGCAGACGUGUGGUCGCUCGGCAUUGUGCUGUUUAUGA